UUGAGGUCGACUCGCGGCGCUUCCAAACAACGACGAGAUCAAAUAAAUGUUGAAAUUCAAAAGUUACGCGAUCUUUUGCCGUUAUCAGAAUCCAUUAAGGACCGACUAUUCCAGCUUCAGGUCAUGUCUUUGGCCUGCAUCUUUAUAAGGAAACAACGAUACUUGCCACAUAUUGCUCGUCAAAGUGAUUCUUCAUCAUUGUUUCGUUUACCAUUCAAACAGUACGAUGGAUGUAAAGCGUUACGUGGAUUUUUGCUCAUGGUUACUAAAAAUGGCAAAAUGUUGUACAUUUCUGAAAAUGCCAGUGAAUAUCUCGGACACUCUGUGGAAGAGAUUAUGUGUCAAGGAGAUUCACUUUAUGACCUAGUAGACAGUCGAGACCACGGAACUGUGCAAAGUGAAUUGAUGUCUGGACCUCCAUCUGUAUCUGUUCCAAAUGCGUUUCCCGACGAGAAGGUAUUUAUAUGUCGGAUGAACUUGUCUCGAACUGCUAAAAGGCAACUGCAAUAUCAUAAGUUUGUUUUAAUAGAAGGCCGAUACUUGCAUCCAGCUGAGUACUAUCAAGCAUAUAUGUCCGUAUCGUCUCCUUCAACAUUCAUUCAACCCGUUUUUGCCGCUUAUUGCCAACCUUUAAUUAACCCCGAAAAUGCUGAAGUUUUGUCCUCCGGUAACACCUCAAUAUUUCGAUCUCUGCAUUUGAUGGAUAUGAAGUUUCUACACAUUGAUGAUAUCGGUGUAUUUCACCUGGGUUACAGAAACGAGGAUUUAGAAGGCGAAUCAUGGUACAAACUGUUGCAUCCAGCUCACCUUGAAGAGGUUGCAUACAAGCAUCGUCUACUGUGUCAAGAAAAGGAAGGUUCAGUAAUAUGUCUACUGAGGCUGCAAACUUGCAGUGGUAGUUGGCUAUGGCUGCAUACUGUGUUGGCAGUUCGAGGGAAUUUUUUACAUCAACCACAAGAUGGUAGAAGAGUCCGACAUUUAAUAUAUGCAACUUAUCAACUUCUGAGCGAUAUGGAAGUGGCCACUUUGCAAGCCAAUUCAUGGAUAUAUACCAUUAGGCAUACGUAUCCACCUGAAUUCUCUUGUAAAGAUACGGAUAUAAGCUGUUCAUUUCCGACAAUAGAACGACCUCUCUCGAGUGCCUCUCCAGUUUCGCCAAUUGUGCAAAUCAAAAACGAACCAUUCAUUCAGAGAGAAACGGAGCCACAAAAUUUUCUCUGCGACCAAAUUCGAGUAGAAAUUCCGUCUAAGAUACGUAAAGAAAGUACUCCAGCAAAUUCAUUUGUUAAUUCAGAGAAUUCGUCACCAGAAUCUAGCCGUUCGAUACCCACAGUUACAAGUCGUAGUUGUCAUUUCGAUGAACCUCCGGAAAUUUGUUUGGAAGGUGCAUCAAGAGCACCACUACCUGAGCUUCGUGAUGAUUUGGAUGAAUUUUUUCGCGAAGUAGAAUAUUCACCAGCCUGUGAUCUGAACGAUCUACCAAAAGAUCUUUUGCUGAUGAACACAAGCAGUGUUCUACACAAAGAUGCACAACAUUCUGUAUUGCACCAUCAUUCGUCGACAACGUCACUUAGUUCGAUGUUAAAUACACCGUUUGACAAGGUUCCUUCAUCUGUUACACCAGGUAUGACCAAACUGUUUCCGAACGAUCUCACCAACAGUACUGCACCGAUUUGUGGUGUUUAUGACAAUUUGGGUCACGAUAAAAUGACAACAUUAUCAGAUGAUAACGGUUUAAUUGUCAAAGAUGAAUGGUAUACAAAUUCUGGUGGCUAUCAAGUUACAUCAAAUACCGGCGUUGUUGAUUCCAGUCUUCUGACAUGUCGCAGGAGUCGGAAACGACUUGCCAGUUGUGCAGUCUACGAUCUUUGUGUACAGUCAACUCAUUAG